CAGAGCCCUCUCAAUGCGUCAUGACAAUUAUCAACACAUCACAUGUUGAAAUCACCACAUUCUUCUUGGUCGGAAUUCCAGGGCUGGAAUAUGCACACAUCUGGAUCUCUAUCCCCAUCUGUUGCAUGUAUUUUGUUGCUAUUCUAGGAAACUGCACCAUCCUUUUUAUCAUCAAGACAGAACCCUCCUUGCAUGAGCCCAUGUACUAUUUCCUGUCCAUGUUGGCCCUGUCUGACUUGGGUUUAUCCUUAUCUUCUCUGCCCACCAUGUUGAGGACCUUAUUGUUCAAUGCUUCUACAAUUUCUGCCAAUACCUGCUUUGCCCAGGAAUUCUUCAUCCAUGGAUUCACAGCAUGUGAGUCCUCAGUGCUCCUGAUCAUGUCAUUUGAUCGAUUCCUAGCCAUCCACAACCCUCUGAGAUACAGCUCCAUCCUUACUACUGUCAGAGUUGCCCAAAUAGGAGGAGUGCUCUUCUUUAAGAGCUUCCUCCUGGUUCUUCCCUUCCCCAUCACUUUGAGAAAGUUGAAAUAUUGUAACAAAAGCCAAUUAUCCCAUUCCUACUGUCUCCACCAAGAUGUAAUGAAGUUGGCCUGCUCUGACAACCAAAUUAAUGUCAUCUAUGGCUUUUUUGGAGCACUUUGUGUUAUGGUAGACUUUAUGCUGAUUGUUGUAUCUUACAUUCUGAUUCUUAAGACUGUGCUGGGAAUUGCAACCCAGAAAGAACAGCUCAAGGCUCUCAAUACUUGUACUUCACAUAUCUGUGCAGUGAUCAUCUUCUAUCUGCCUAUAAUCAACCUUGCCAUUGUCCAUCGCUUUGUCCGGCAUGCCUCUCCUCUCUUCAGUGUUCUCAUGGCAAAUGUUCUCUUACUUGUGCCUCCACUGAUGAACCCUAUUGUGUACUGUAUAAAAACUAGGCAGAUUAGAAUAAGAGUUGUAGCAAAAUUAUGUCAGAAGCAGAUAUAGCAGUC